UAGACGGCAGCGCUAAUGUCGUACGCGCGCUCUCAACGAUUUCUGAACGUAUCGAAAUUUGCAAAUUAAAAAAUAACGCAACAAAACAAAAUAAACAUUCGUUUUUCAAAAUUGGAAUGGUGCGGGUGUGUGUUCAGCCAGUGCAGAAAUAAUCGUUAAUGGUUCGUUCGCAGUUAUUUCGUAGUGUUUGUGAUUUUUUUGUUAUCAAUAGUUGUGGUUAUUCUUGAAGGAAACGGCAAAUGACCGAUAAGCUGCUGAUACAGCAACAUUUGAUACGGCUUUUCGAUUUUUGUAGUACCGUCAUGAACAUUUCAUCAACCAAAGUGAGUGGAAUAAUUUAAAUGCCUCCAACGGAGAUAUCUGGUGAAGGCAUGCUUUGCCUGUCAAGACACGAUAACUGUCCUUGGAACGAAGCGCUCAAAUCAGCUGACCUGACAUGGACUGGCCUCCAGUACACCUGUCUGAAGAUACUGCACUUGUAUUGCAAGGUCUUCGAGAAGGAAGAUGUCCUGGACAUGGUUAUUAGGAAAACGUGCAAGUCCUGCGGCUGCGACCGCCUGAAGCACUCGGUGUACCACGAGGAGCUGUGCUCGGUGCGCGAGCGGCUCGGGCUCCGCGACUCACGCGUCAACCACCACUCGUACGACAGCCCCCCGGGACUUACUGCUAAGCAGACGGAGCUGUAUUGGACAUCGUUAGCCGAGCGGGCGCCGACCGGCAUAGGUGGCGCCACCGGCCAGGCCGCCUGGCGCGCCUGGAGGACUAAGGCGCUGGCUAGCCAGCUACCGAAGCAGGAUCUCUCACUGGCUCACUGCAGACACGUUGAUGAUGGUCACCGCAAACAGUAUGAAGAUUUUGUUGCGGCACGGAACGAAAUUGCACUUGAUAUUGGCCUGGCUAGUCAGCAUCACGGUUCUUCAGUGGAGUGCAUGGGAUGCAAUAAACCGAUUCGUAGUGGAAACAUAACCAUUCAAGCUCCAAGGAUAGGCGAAGAUGCGCUGUUCCACCCCGCGUGCUUCGUGUGCGCGGAGUGCGAGGAGCUGCUGGUGGAGCUCGCGUACUGCGCGCUGGACGGGCGGCUGUACUGCGUGCGCCACUACUCCGAGCGACUCAAGCCGCGCUGCCACGCCUGCGAUGAGCUUAUUUUCAGCGGUGAAUACACCAAGGCCAUGAACAAGGACUGGCACAGCGGUCACUUCUGCUGCUGGCAGUGCGACGAGUCGCUCACCGGCCAGCGCUAUGUCCUGAGGGACGAGCACCCCUACUGCAUCAAGUGCUACGAGAGCGUCUUCGCCAACGGCUGCGAAGAAUGCAACAAGACCAUCGGCAUCGACUCUAAGGACCUGUCGUAUAAGGACAAGCAUUGGCAUGAGGCGUGCUUCUUGUGCGCCAAGUGCCGCGUGUCCCUGGUUGACAAGCAGUUCGGCUCCAAGCUCGACAAGAUCUACUGCGGCAACUGCUACGACGCGCAGUUCGCCAGCCGCUGCGAUGGCUGCGGUGAAGUGUUCCGUGCUGGAACCAAGAAGAUGGAGUACAAGACCAGGCAGUGGCACGAGAAGUGCUUCUGCUGCGUGGUGUGCAAGAACCCGAUCGGCACCAAGAGCUUCAUCCCGCGCGAGCAGGAGAUAUACUGCGCCGGCUGCUACGAGGACAAGUUCGCCACUCGCUGCGUUAAGUGCAAUAAGAUCAUCACGCAAGGCGGCGUGACAUACAAGAACGAGCCGUGGCACCGCGAGUGCUUCACGUGCACCAACUGCAACACGUCGCUCGCCGGCCAACGAUUCACCUCGCGCGACGAGAAGCCAUACUGCGCCGAAUGCUUCGGAGAACUCUUCGCCAAGCGCUGCACGUCGUGCACCAAGCCCAUCACUGGCAUCGGUGGCACCCGCUUCAUCUCGUUCGAGGACCGCCACUGGCACAACGACUGCUUCAUCUGCGCGCAAUGCAAGACCUCGCUCGUCGGCAAGGGCUUUAUCACCGACGGACAGGACAUCAUCUGCCCCGAGUGCGCCAAACAGAAGCUCAUGUAAAUACAUCACUCCACGUGUGCCAUCUCGCUCUAACGCUUCACGUCUCUCUUGGCACAUAUCACUCCAUCCCUAUCCCUCCUCAGCUUACCAACACGCGGGACCCACCGGACCCGCAUUGUAUUGUACAGAGCGAUAAUAAUUGUAUGACUGAUAUGUUUUUGUGCUUGUGCAGCGAAAAAACCAUUCUACCCGUAGUCGCUAACGCCAGAGACUGGUGCGCGUUCAAAACCCAGGACACUCGCAGCGAUCAGAUGAUCGACCUCAUUGACCGGGUUAACUUUCGCAAGGUCAAUGUCACUAGCCCGCCACCCUAGAGCCGUUCGCGAUGCCUGCGAUAUACAAGGGAUAUAAAAACGAAAAAUCACAAAAAAAACGUGAAUGCACAAAAUGUAUUUAAGUAUUUAAUUGCGCUUCUUCUACUGAAACAUUAUGUUUAUAUAUUUUGACUGUUAAUUCGUUAGUCGUCACUAAUAGAGCCUGAAGCCUGUAUUUAUUUACGUAUUAUGUGCUAAUCGUAUAUUUCGCUUUGGCUGUUGUAUUAGUCCUAGUAUAGUAUCAACCUAGUGCGAUUCACACGAUGCCUUAAUAACAUAUCUAAGUCAAUUUCGAGGGUAUAUAUUAUAAUUUUAUGUUGUAAUAUAUAAUGUACGUUCCACCUUAUUUAUAAAUGUUGUGCCUAAAUAUCUUGCCUUCCUUUCUACCAAUUCGCACAUCGAAGUGGUAGAAAAGGACAUUCGAUUUACGGCAACAUUUGCAAGUAACGAGGUUCUUUAACAUCUGGAUGUUGCCAGUUAAAUGUAUAAUUACUAGACACAUCCCAAUGGAGUGCAGUAAGUGCUUGUCAUGUAACAUAGAGUGUAAGAAAUAUAUUGACAGAGUAAUAUUACGUGUUAUGUCUUAAGUAUUUAUUCAUACGGGGGUACGCACUUUUUAUCAGAGGCACGCCGGUGGUGUUGCCGCGUCACAUUAAACAAAUGUUCUUGAGAUUUUAGAUGUAGUGUUGCCAUAUACGCCAUCGGUAGGUCGCUACCUAACACAAUAAUAUUAAGUGACAUCUAGUUUUGACUAAUAUUUAAACGAAAAAAAUAAUAAUAUUUUUGUUCUCGAAUAGUAAGAAGUGUUACAAUAAUGUAAUUGAAUGUUUACGAUAUUUUUUACAAUGAUAAUAAUAUUUUUAGAGAUUAGUGAAGUAAUAUAAGUGAGUAACAUCUGUGUUAAUGAGAAUGCUGUUUCGCAAACGAGCCGACCACUACUGAUUGGGGAUCACUUUAUAAUGGUUACUGUUAAGGUUUAAAUUAUUCGACAUGUUGAAUUAUUAAUUUAUAAUUAAAAUAAAUUGCUUACAUGUGUGAUCUGAAUCUAAUUAAAUAUUUGUAUCUAUCUACAUAUAGAUUGUAAACAAUGAAACGUAAAUAAAUGAUUAAAACUAUUUA